CCGCGAGCCCAUUCAUCUGUGCACUUGGGCGUUGGACCCCGCAUCUUAUUAGCAACCAGGGAGAUUUCUCCAUUUUCCUCUUGUCUACAGUGCGGCUACAAAUCUGGGAUUUUUUUUUAUUACUUCUUUUUUAAAAAAAUUACACUUGGGCUCCUUUUUUGUGCUCGACUUUUCCACCUUUUUUCCCUCCCUCCUGAGCUGCUGCUUUUUUGAUCUCUUCGACUAAAAAAAAAAAAAAAAUUUAUUUUUUUUUUUUUUAAAUCCGGAGUGUAUUUAAUCGGGUCUCUCCUGUCCUCCUCGCCACCCCCACCCCCUCCCUCCGGUGUGAGUGUGCCGCCGCCGCCGCUGUUGCCGCUGCCGCUGCCGCCGCCGCUGCUCGUCCCGUCGUUACACCAACCCCAAGAAGGCGGCUCUUUGUUUCCUCUCUUGGAUCUGUUGAGUUUCUUUGUUGAAGAAGCCAGCAUGGGUGCCCAGUUCUCCAAGACCGCAGCGAAGGGAGAAGCCGCCGCGGAGAGGCCCGGGGAGGCGGCUGUGGCCUCGUCGCCUUCCAAAGCCAAUGGGCAGGAGAACGGCCACGUCAAAGUGAACGGGGACGCAUCGCCCGCGGCCGCCGAGCCGGGCGCCAAGGAGGAACUGCAAGCCAACGGCAGCGCCCCGGCCGCCGACAAGGAGGAGCCCGCGGCCGGUGGCGCCGCGUCCCCCUCCGCGGCCGACAAAGACGAGGUUUCUGUACAGCAGUAA